AUGCCUCGACAGCCGCCCCCUGGCUCCGCUGGACGGGGUAGGGGAGACUACCCCGGUGGUCCCGUAAGGUCUGCGAGCCAAGGGCGCCCGUCGACCGGACAGUCUGAUCGGAGCGAGCGAUCUUAUACCGACCCAAAUGGACCCCCACCGGUACCGCAUAUCAAUAGAAGCGCAACGAUGCCUGUUACAGCUGCACCGCCAAUGACACCACCGGUCGCACCGCCCGUGGCUAAGCCAAUGUAUCCUGGACAAGCGACAUACCAAGACCCCUCAUUUGCCACGAAAGCCAAUGCCCAUAAGUCUCUCCAUGUCGACGCAUUACUGGAUAGCUAUUAUAGCACGGCCCAUGCAGAUGAACCCGAUAUGCCUAAUUUCGACGCUAUGCCGGAUGGCGGCCAAGGUGGUGCAAUCGACGAAAGUUUAUUCGGAUUAGAACAACCGAAACCAAAAACACCUGCUCCUUCCGCUCCCCAGGGUCAAUAUGCGGCAUUCAACCCACAGCCUACCGAAGUUCAUCAUGUCCAAUCCCAGCCGGAGAUGAGGCCAGGGGUUGUGCCAAAUCAAUUCGAGAAUGCAGGCUUCCACUUCGACCUCCCUGCAUCAGCACCCGCUGCACAGCACCAGGAGAGAAUGGAGUACGGGUUCGGUCAUGAGGACCCCAUGCAGACUCCGCACCAACAACAGCAUGGUAGCUGGGGGUCGCAAAUGAAUGCAUACCCCGAUGGACAAACUGGAUACGUAGGCCGCGAUGGCUCCAUUCGCAGCAAUGGACCUCCUCAGUCAUACCGCGCCAACCAGCCCGCAUAUGGGAAUGAAGCGCCGCCACCAGUAAUGAAUCAGAUGGACCCGGUAGAUCCCGAGCAAAACCCUGAUGCGUUACCCCAUCAUCCGGCGCCUUUCCGGCCCGGACAUGAUCAGGGUAACAAGCCAGCACCUGUACGCCAGUACAACAGCGCCACUGACUCCGCACCACCUGUUGUUGCGCAGCAAGGCCCUCCGGUUGAUCCACCCGCCGGACCCGUGACACAAGAAGAACUUCAACAAUUGCAGCGGGUGGCCAAGAGCAAUCCUUCGGACAAGAAGACCCAGUUGUUACUCGCCCAGAAACUAGCCGAGGCCUCAGUGGUACUGGUUGAGAGUAGUCGAUUAGAUCCCAAGUCCAAGGCGAAAGCGAGGGAGAAGUAUGCGAUGGAUGCGUACAAAAUCGUCAAAAAGCUUGUGUCCAGCGGAUACGCUGACGCGCAGUUUUUCCUGGCGGACUGCUACGGUCAAGGAAUACUGGGUCUUCAGGUUCAUCAUAAAGAAGCUUUCCACUUGUAUCAGACUGCUGCCAAGCAAGGGCAUGGUCAGGCGGCCUACCGUACGGCUGUCUGUUGCGAGAUUGGUCCGGAAGAAGGCGGUGGUACCAAGCGGGAUCCGUUCAAGGCAGUACACUGGUAUAAGCGUGCUGCAUCCUUGGGUGAUCCACCAGCAAUGUACAAGAUGGGAAUGAUUAUGCUCAAGGGGCUUCUCGGCCAAGCAAAGAACCCUCGCGAGGGUGUCUCAUGGCUGAAGCGUGCCGCAGAACGUGCCGAUGCCGAAAACCCACACGCACUACAUGAACUUGCGCUCAUGUAUGCCAAUGCAGGCCCGAAUGACAUCGUUAUCCGUGAUGAGGCGUAUGCUAGUCAACUAUUCCACCAAGCUGCAGAAUUGGGGUAUAAGUUCUCCCAGUUCCAAUUAGCCACUGCAUACGAGUAUGGGUUGAUGGGGUGCCCUGUGGACCCUCGGCAGAGUAUCUUUUGGUAUACUCAUGCGGCAGCGCAGGGCGAGCAUCAAAGUGAACUUGCCUUGAGCGGAUGGUAUCUGACUGGCGCGGAGGGGAUUCUGCAGCAGAGCGACACAGAAGCCUACCUCUGGGCACGCAAGGCCGCCACUUCCUGUCUUGCAAAGGCAGAAUAUGCAAUGGGUUAUUAUACCGAAGUUGGAAUCGGGGUCACCGCCAAUAUGGAGGAUGCUAAGCGAUGGUAUUGGCGGGCAGCUGCCCAAGGAUUUCCGAAAGCCCGCGAACGCCUUGAAGAAAUCAAGAAGGGCGGAGCCCGGAUGCAGAAAGCUCGGCUUUCUCGGUCUGGUGCCAACCAACAGAAGCAGAACGAAGGCGACUGCAUCCUUAUGUGA